CGGGGCUGCCCCCGCUUGCGGCCAGGCUGAGCCGGUGUAGAGCGGUCCGUGCUCGGCGCUGCCAUGCCUGCCGGUGCGCGCGUCCCGCGGCUGCUAGCGCUCUUGUUGCUGGUGGCGGUGGUCCUGCGAGAGGUAGAGUCAUUGGUGAGUUCAAGAGAGUCCAACAUCUGUGGUAAAGGAGAAUAUUUCCAUCAAGGUCACUGCUGUAAAUACUGUCCUGCUGGCACUCAUGUUUUGGAGCACUGCAAAGUUCAACAUGGAGAAAGCUUUUGUUCCUCUUGCACAAUAGGAAAGGAAUACACUGCUCAUGAAAAUGACCUAGAAGAAUGUCUGCAGUGCGAACAGUGUAAAGAAGACAAAGUAACUGUAAGGACCUGCACUUUGACGAGUGAUACCGAAUGUCAGUGCAAGCCAGGGUAUUUCUGUCCUACUCAACACUGUGAAAUGUGCUCCAAAUGCAAGACAAAGUGCCCAGAAGGAAAGGAAAUUGUACAAGAGUGCAAUGCUACCAUGGACACAGUGUGUGGUUCACUUUCUGAAGGGUCUACCGCUAUCUUUGUUAUGUUUAUUGUUUUGCUCUGCAUCUGCAUACCUGUGGUUGUAGGCAUCAUCUUCAUCGUUUGUAAAAAGAAGAAGUCUAAUAAGACAAAUACAGAAAACGAUGAAGAAAGAGAAGUGGAGUCUGAAGGCAGCACUGAAAUUCUCAUUUUACCAGAUGUGGAAACUGGUCAAACUAGUGCACCACGUUUGGAGACUGAAACUUUUGUUCAGAGUCCACAAGAUCAAGCAGCCAACAGUCCCAUUUCUGGACUAAAAACCAAAUUGCCUGAGGAUAAUGGUGUUGCAAGUUGUGAGAGCCAUAAACUACUUCUUAAUGAUACUAACCACACAUCUGAAGAAGCUCCUCAGGGGACUGAAGCACCAGUGAAGCUUCUAUAUAACCAUAAUCUAUAUAACCAUAUUCAAGAGUCUAAUAUGCAGAGGGUUCAGGAAUUGAAAGCCAGACCUCAGAUAAAAGUUAAAGAUCUAUUUCAUAUUUCAACAACAGAACGGAGUGAUAUUUAUUAUAGUUUUAUAAAGCAAGUGCCAGCACGUAACUGGAAGGAGCUCAUCAGAUGCUGUCUAAAGGACACUGAAAUUGAUAAUAUAAUUCAUGAAUUCCCCAAGGAUGUAAAAGAACAGCAUUAUCAGAUGUUAAUUAAUUGUCAAAACAGUUUGGGAAUUGAGACUACUAUUACUAAGUUACUUGAUCGACUAUGGAGUAUGCAACUAAAGAGUUGCUAUGAAAAUAUUGUAAAUACUUUAAAAAGUAGAGAUAUUAUAACCAUAUUAGAUGCCAAAGAUUAAUGUAUUUAUUGUUGUAACAAAUUGCAGCUGUAUAGAUAUGUUUCUAUAUUCAAACUUACUUUAAUGCAUGUUGACAAUUUUUUUUAUUGUUGGUUAGGAAAGCAUAAAAUGUCAACAAAAAUUGUGGGUAAAGUAAAAGAGAUGGUUUAUCUAAACUGCAUGGAUUGAACCAAUAAGCAAGUGAACUCGCAUUCACUUUUCAAACAGGAAAGGGAGCCAGACCUCUGCAGUGGCCCAAACCAGUAGCCAGGGGCAGGCACUAAGGCAUACCACCCAGCCAUCUGGUUGCUGCCAGGAGCCAGGGGAUUCGCCAAGCCAUGCUACAAAGUAUCCUGGCAUGCUGGGGGACUGUGCAUUAACUUGAACCAGGAGGAGAUCCAGGACAGAAGUUCCAUAAAUUGUUUUGACCUAAAUCAGCUAAGUCUGAUACUAUAUCCAACCAGUUUAUCUUAAACCACUUUUGGCCAUUUUGAAAGUGAUUUAAGUACGCUGAACUUCUGUUCUGCUACAAGUUUAAACCAGUUUCUGAUCACUUAAACCAGUUUAUGUGUAACUUUUGUCCUUAGCCAUAAUGCUGUUGUUUUGGGAAUUGAGAAAUGUCUGGAUAAUAGUAGGUCAUUUGUAGGGAAUCAAAUAUGUUUAUAACUUAAGUUCUUGAAGCAUAAUUUGAUGAUACUCUAUCAGCAUUUCAUGAGGACUAAGCAACAUUCUGAAUCCCAAGAAACUUUGUAUAUGACAUACAGUGUGUCCAUUUAUGAGAGUACUGCGAUAAGAAUAGAUUUCUUUGAGGAGUUUGUCCAAAGUGGCACCCAAAAUGUGUUCAGUCCCUGACUUCCAGCAUUCAGUCCCCUCAUUUAGCAUGGCUUGCAUUCUUUGUAUCUAGAUGUAUAACUGCAUUUUGCUAUAUUAAACUGCUAGCUAUUUGAAUUAUAUCAGCUUGGUACCACAGGGUACAAAAAAUGUGUAAAUAUGCUGCUUAUUUACUUACUUUUCCUAUCCAGUGUAAAUCUUAGAAUUAUGCAAGAGAAUUUCUACUUGAAGUCUGUUUGAUUUUUUUGUAUCACUUUUCUAUGAAAAUUUUUUUCUAUUUCCUAGCAUAUGGUUUUUUUUUAUGAGCAAAUACUCUAACUUUUGAGCACCCUUCAUUAGUGAUACUAGAAUACAUGUGAUUGGGAGUAAA